AUGGGGCGUCCGUCGGAGGAGUGUCCGCCGGAGGAGUGUCCGCCGGAGGAGCGUCCGCCGGAGGAGCGUCCGCCGGGGGAGUGUCCGCCGGAAGAGCGUCCGCGGAUGGGGCGUCCGCGGAUGGGGCGUCCGUCGGAGGAGUGUCCGCCGGAGGAGUGUCCGCCGGAGGAGUGUCCGCAGGAGGAGCGUCCGCCGGAGGAGUGUCCGCCGGAGGAGUGUCCGCCGGAGGAGCGUCCGCCGGAAGAGCGUGGGCCGAUGGGGCGUCCGCCGAAGGAGUGUCUGCCGAAUGGGCGUCUGUGGGAGGAGCGUCCGCUGGAAGAGCGUCCGUGUGAGGAGCGUCUGCAGGAGGAGCGUCUUCCAGAGGAGCGUCCGCCGGAGGGGCGUCCGCCGGAAGAGCGUCCGCCGAAGGGGCGUCUGUGGGAGGAGCGCCCGCCGGAGGAGCGUCUGCGGGAGGAGCGUCCGUGUGAGGAGCGUCUGCAGAAGGAGCGUUCGCCGGAGGGGUGUCCGUCGGAGCUCCGUCCGGUGGAAGAGCAUCCGCCGGAGGAGCAGCCCCCGGGCUUCAGCGCCCCCUGGUGCACCGUCACCGUGCACCCAUCGGGCAGCGCGAACGACGCACCCUCCUCUAGACGGAAGGUGGCGCCACCGGCGGCCGGCGUCGCGACGACGCCUUCGUCGCUCUUCGCCAUCGUUAUCUGA